CAGGUGCUUAGAUACAUUGUACAUAUAAUUAUUUUUUCUGAAAUUUGCAACAUGCGUUCCAGAAGAAAACCAACGGCAUUUUUAAUUGUCACUGUUGCAGUGGUCAUAUUAAUAAACUUUUCUUUCUACAUACGUUGGUUCCCUAUACCUGGUCGGAUCAUUACUCCGAAGUUCACAAAACCCGACAGAGAUACUACAACAACAGAGAUUACGGCGCAUCUUAAAACAGAAGCAGAGCAAGUGGACCAUUACAGAAUUACUGUGAUUCGACCACCACUUCUUACCUACAACUGCUCAGAGUCAUCAGAAAAUGUUGUAAUGUGUUUAGUCAAUUUUAUGCUAUCCUCUUCCACAAAUUUUGCACUGAGGCAAACUAUCAGGGAAACAGUUGGUACAUUAUCUUUCCUAAAUGGUCUGUCGAUAAAAAAUGUUUUCGUCGUCGCAAAAUCAACAGAAGAAAAUGUAAACACAAAAAUCUUGGAAGAAUCUGAUGCGAAUAAAGAUAUUUUGUUUAUUGACCACUUUGAUUCAUACAGAAAAAUCGUGUACAAGACUCUCGCCAUCCUGCAAUGGUCGUCGGAAAAUCUACCUCCAAGCUAUUUCGUAAGUAAAUCAGAUGAUGACGUAAGGUUCUCAGCAAGUGAAAUGUCAAAACACAUGCUGCAUUUACUUAACCCUGGUGCCAAGGAAAUCAUUUCAAUGGAAGAUCGUUUAAGACGCAUAGAAAACUUUCCGAUUCUGUGUGGUCACACAUUGUUAAUAAACCCACGUACCUGCCGGGAUCGUAACAGUAUAUACUACCUCUCGCCAGAAGAAUACCAGUUUGACUUUUUCCCUGACUACUGCAAUGGUGCCAUGUACUUGAUGCCGGUCAGUACAGCAAAACGACUGUUUCAACAGGUUCGGGCUGAACAAAUUAUUAGAAUGGAAGACGUUUGGGCUACUGGUAUAUUAAGAAGCAAACUUAGCGAGAAAGAUCAAAUUGUUAAACGGGAACCAGCAUUCGCAACUCACUUUCCUCAUUUGAACACAUCGCAACUCCAAGCUCGGACGAUAAAGUUCCAUCAAGCACAACUUAGAGAGAUAAAGAACUACAAUUUGUCAUAUUGUUGCUAA